CGACCUUUCUUCAUAAAGCGGUCGAGCUACAAUCUGCCUUGGCUUUCCCAACACAUACCUUAGGCUUUCGUGCUUACCAAAUGCUCAUCCUCCUCUCGCCCGCCAUCAUCAUCCUGCACAUUACUUAGCUUCGCCUGGUGAUCAAGGGCCUCACGCGUACAGCAAUCUUCAUCCUGGCUCUGGCUAGGCAAUGCACCUGCUCCAGAGCCCCUACACUCGCACAGCUCUUGCACAGGCUCGAAUCGCUUUCAUCUGCGAUGCUCCACCACCAUCAUGGGUGUACACGACUCGACCCAGGCGUACGUACUGCGACGUCUCCGGGACCCGCGAAGCAGGUGCACCGAUCUGCUCCGGUGCCAAUGCGAGCUCUCGAGCUCCUGGCACGAGCCUUCCCACCCUCCCGACUGUGAGAAGAAGCACCGCAGCAAGACAGCCUUUCUUCGUUACGCCUCGCCAGAACGCGCGCCCCAGGUCUUUCUCGGCGCUGAGCAUCGCUCUGGACGGCUCGAAAAGGGAGCAGAAAGCAUAUGCUGAUCUACCCAUAUCCAACGAAGCUGCUCUACCUCCCUGGCAGCCCGUGGGGGAGAAGAGACGGCCAGGCAGAAAGAAAGGGAAGGGAAUGGGUGGUGGCGCGGCAUCAGAAGAGCUUUCAGCUUCUGCUGCGCAUGGCUCUGAGCCAGGAAACCCAAAAGGCAACAGGGGCGCCAAGAAGAAGAAGAAGGCAUGUAGAGGCGAGGCUAGGAACUCGAGCGAGGGUGCUGGCUUGCAGCAGGACCAAUCGAGUCAGGCAUCAUCGGAGGCGACCUUCAAUCGAUAUGAUCCUCGAGAUGAAACAUUACCGAAUUUGGCAAGAAGCAUCUUGGCGGAUAUGCAGCGCUUUCCUGGCUGUAUGCUGCUCACCCGUGUCGGAGGCUUUUAUGAGUCAUACUUCGAUCAAGCCCCGCAACUUUCCAACAUGCUGGGCAUCAAACUAGCACAAAGGUUGUGGGGUGGACGAACAAUAGCAAUGGCUGGUUUCCCGAUCCAUCAACUUGAAAAGUACUUGAAAAUUCUGGUCCAGGAUCACCACAAACUAGUAGCCAUAUGCGACGAAUUCAAGAGCAUCACAAGCCAAGUUGGAGGUAAGCAGGCUGCUACUUUGACCAUGGAUAUUCAACGCAGAGUUACUCGCGUCAUCAGCCCUGGAACUUUGAUUGAUGAACGGUUUCUGGACCCCUUCAAAAGCAACUGGGUUGUCGCUGUCUCGUCUCGAAAGGGCGGGCCUCAUCUCGCGAGUCCAAAGGACCAGUGUGCCACAAAUGGCAUUUCACAAGACGCUUAUGGUCUCGCUUGGGUCGACAUCAGCACCGCCGACUUUUUCACCACUACGUGCGCUGAUGGAGAAAGUCUGAGGGAUGAGUUGGCGCGUAUAGGCCCUUCUGAAGUAGUCCUCGAAAGUGGAGCUUUCGACAAAGGUCUCUUGGAUCCCUCUAGAGCAAGCGCGCGCGAUGCGACGCUCAACCAGCUCGGUGAUCCAAUAGAUCCCCUACCUCAUCCCAUUUGGGAGGCUCUCAACCCGCAUAUGGUCCACAUUUCGCUCUGCGGUGCUCCGAAACACUCGCACGAUGAUGACGUAGAAGCCCGCGCAGUUCUGCAGCUUACCGAUCAUCUCAGAGGACGCUUGAUCAGUCACGGAGAUGGGGUAGAGGCGUUGGCCAAAGAAGGUCCAACGCAUCGAGCUAGAGAAGAAACGAUGCUCAUCGAUGCAAACACGCUUGCCGCUUUGGAAAUCAAACAGAGCAUGAGGGAGAACGGAAGCGUCAGGGGCAGCUUGUUGUCUACUGUUCGACGGACGGUCACCAAAGGUGGCACCCGCUUACUGGGACAGUGGCUUACCUCGCCAAGCACAUCUCUCGAUCUCAUCAAACGUCGUCAAUCAAUCGUGGCCUUCUUUGUCAAUCGACCUUACUUGCGAGAAGACCUUCGUGCGCUAUUGCGGCGAGGAGCUGGCGAUGUCUCGCGUGGACUGCAGCGGAUCACGACCGGUCGCAACGACGAGCAAGAUCUUUUGGAAGUUCGCGACUUCAUCGUCAUGACUCAGGAUCUGCUAUCUCUGUUGGAGAAAGAGAUGGCCCAGCUCCGACAAGCGCAGCAGGUGACUCAAGACGACGUGUUGGUUGCAGGCUUGGAAAAUCUAGAUUUGAUGAGGGAGCGCUUCAAGAAUCUGGAAGGGCUGGGAGCUCGCUUGGUCGAGGCAAUGGACGAAGCGGUGCUCGAACAGCGUCUCAGGAGGCAGGAGGCGCUCGCUCGUGAGGUCGAAGAGAGCUUGCUGGAUGACGGAGCGCGCGGCGAGAUAUCGAAUGGCGCCGUCACGGUGAGAAAGAAAAAAGGCAAGCAGCCCGGCGAGCAGGACGAUGGUGAAAAUUCGGACGGUUGGGGAGACCCUUUUGAGCACCUGAUUCGGCCCACCUCAUCGCAUCAGCUUCAAGUGACGACCGAAAAGUACCAAGCGACUAGACAAGCGGCAUCAAAACUUCAACGACACCUGCAGGAGCGUUAUCACGAUCGAGUGACGCUCAGAAAUAUUGUGUCUCAAGGCUACGUGGUACACUUCACAGGAGCAGAUCGGAUGGGCAACCUCAAGAUGCGCAACAAUCCCGAGGACGAGAUGACGGCUGGACAAAAGCUGAAGACCACGCAAACUUGGUAUCAUCCUGAUUGGAGCCGGAUCGGUGCAGAGCUAAUGCGGAGUGAAGCCGAGAUCAAGAAGUUAGAGAAUUUGGAAUUGGUUCGCCUCCGUCAGGACGUGUUGGGACAGCUCACAUCAAUACGUCGCAAUGUACGACUGGUGGACGAGCUGGACGUCCUACUGGGCUUUGCGCAGCUGGCUCACGACAAUGAUCUGGUCAGACCCGAGUUGGAUGAUUCGUCGGACCUGCACGUGGUCGGAGGACGGCAUUUGAGCGUAGAGAUGGGGCUCUUGGAGCAACACAGGAUGUUCCAACCCAACGAUGUCACCCUCUCGCCCACCUCGCGCUUGCACGUUAUCACCGGGCCCAACAUGGGAGGCAAAAGCACAUACUUGCGACAUGCGGCUUUGAUCGCCAUCCUUGCCCAGUGUGGCUCAUUUGUCCCAGCCAAAUUCGUCAAGCAAGGAAUCGUGGAUCGCGUCUUCAGUCGCGUCGGAGCUAGGGACGACGUGUCUCGCGACCGCUCCACCUUCAUGGUGGAGAUGAGCGAAACGAGCGAGAUACUGCGACGAGCAACGAGCAAGUCUUUGGUCAUUGCCGAUGAGAUCGGAAGGGGAACGACUACGGAAGUCGGCAUUGCUAUUGCUUUUGCUACCUUACAUCAUCUAUACGAAGUCAACAGGUCGCGAACUCUAUUUGCCACGCAUCUACACGAGCUUGCGGACAUGCUUGGAUGGAGCAAAGGUCGUGAGACGGCAAGUCGCGUCGGUGGCCGCUUUCCUCACGUGGACUUUUUUUGCACCGAUGUGGACGUCCUAGAGGACGGCGCCAUCUCCUUCUCCCACAAGCUCCGACCUGGGGUUAAUCGCGAUUCGCAUGGAUUGCAGGUCGCGCAAUUGGCAGAGAUGCCACCACAGGCUCUCCGAGUCGCGCACGCAACUCUUCAAUGGCUAGAGAGUGCUGAAACUCUAGCAGAACAAGGCUCCGUCGAGAGCGAUAUUGUUGCCCUUGCCGUCGAGCCUUCAUCUAUGUCUGCUGCCAAAGUCCAAGAUCUCGAUCGCUUGAUAGCAGCGGCGAUCGGUACCAGCGUCGAGGUGAAGUGAGUAUUGCACUAGUCCGUGGUUGCCGUCGCCUGGUCGGACAUCGUCGAGAAUCUCCCAA